CUUGGAGUCCUUAAACCCCUAAUACUACGCCCAAAUCACCCGACAAUGCCCUCGUCACGUGAUGUGCUCCACCAGCGAAGAGGCCGUUGUCGCAGAGCUGAUUCAGCUCCACUUGGUCGAGACCGAUACGGGCUCCGGCAGCUGGCACAGCCCGGUGGUGGCCAACCUGCCCACCAGCCGCCUGGGGGACAUGAAGCAGGAGGAGAUUGCUAAGCUGGUGCCAAUCCGAAAAGACUUGGUCUCCAGCUUCAGCCACGAAUCCACCGCGACCAAAGUCUACCAGUGGAUCAUGGCCUACGAGGAAGCCAAGGGCUACUUGAACUAUACGCGCGUGAACGCUCGGAUUUUGGCCUGCGAGCUCCUAAAAGAGUGGGCCUAUGAACAUCGGCACUUGGGAGAUCGCGGCAUCGACGUGCAUUGCCUGUGCCGCUACAAGGAGUUCGCUGGUCAUUUGCUGUACUUCCACGACCGGUGGGCGGACACUGAGCAUGGUGCCACACGUUCAAAGAUCCUGGGGCAGCCACAUGGCAUUAUUCGGAGCAAGAACAAGGAGACCUUUGUUUCAACCUUAGUGAAGGUUCAUGAGGCGCUUGCCAAGUUGCAACAAUCCUUGGAGAAGGC